UGCCACCAUCCGCCGAGUGGACUCAGCUCCAGAAUUGUCUGGGUUCGAGCAUUGGUGAUCUUUUAUUGGUCCAAGUUGACUCUAAAUAGUAGCUGAAGAAGUCCAAGCGUUGGAGCUGUGCUCGAUUCUACUAUAAACCUCUGCAAUACCCGUCAAGUAUUGUCUUUCAUCAACUGUCACACCAGCCAAGCUCCUCUUUCUGUGAGCAGCAGAUUUCCCAGUUGACAUUUCAUCGUUAUUUCCACCACGUUUUCAACAACAGGACGGCUAUAUUUAUUUCCCCCAUUAUGGCGGCCGCGGAAGCUUCACCACGGACGAAGAGCGUCUCAUUCGGCUCACAUGACACAGCGUUAUGUAUAUUCCCCCCACGACACCUGUGGGGCUCGAUUGACAGGCUGCGGAUGCUGUAUGACAAGGCGUUCGAAAAGUGGCCGCCUCAUGUGAAUCUCAUCUAUCCCUUUGUGGGAGUGGAGAGCCUACCAGCAGCGUCAGAUUUAAUCAUCUCACACUUCCAAUCGAAAAGGGCCGCAGCGGACUAUGAGGAAUUGCGUGUCCGUCUAGACUGUGUAGGUGUAUUCCCUCAUCGACAGGACAACACCAUUUCCAUCUGUGAAAAAGAGGAGGAGAACCAGACAAUGCUGGAAGAAACGAGGAAGGGCAUUAUGGAGGCUUUAGGACAAAAGCCAACCCCUUGUCGCAUGCAUAUGACCCUGGGCCAAAGCCAAGAUCACAACUCCUUCCCGCACAAAUCUCUCUUACACAAGGCGUCUUUGCUGCCUGCCAUUGAAUGGGAGGUCAACGAGCUCUGCAUUUUGGUACGGGAGAGGACGCACAUCAACGACAACGCUUCGAGCGAGAUGAAACUUUGGGGAACGAUCGAGCUCAAGAACCUAAGUAUCUCUCGGAUCACGACACCCGUGGGGCUUUAUCCCGCGGACAAGGAGCAAAUACAUCGCCACAAUGACGACGAAAUGGGGACAGAAAGCUGUUCUCUGAGCUGGAGGCCGUACGUAUUCUCGAAUGAAUCUUUUCGCUUGUAUACGACGCCAGAUCAACGCAAACCAUCUCCGGAUUCACUGAAGUUGGCAAGCUACAAUGUGCUGGCUGAGUUCCAUCAUCCCCCUUCUCAAUCACGAUAUGCCCUCAUUCUCAAGAACCUGCAAGAACAUUCUGCGUUAUCAGAUGUUCUGGUUCUGCAGGAAGUUACCGACGACUUUUUGUGCUAUCUUCUGAGAGAUGGCAAUAUUCGAGGAUUAUAUCCCUUCGUAUCGAAUGGACCGCCUGAUCAGUCAGAUGUGGACCCGCUGCCUAGUCACUUGAAUGUGGUCGUGCUGAGCAAAUGGUCUUUUAGUUGGGAUUGGGUCUCCUUUCGACGACACAAGGGAUUCAUUGUGAUCAAAUUUGACGACAUUGGCAAGGCCGAAGGCGAUUCCUUCAUUCCCUUGAUCCUGGCAGCGGCGCAUCUUGCAUGUGGACUUACUGACGGCUCAGUCGCGGCGAAGAAGACGGAACUCCAGUCUAUUCUCAGCUAUCUGUCCAAUAAUUACCCACAGAAUCCAUGGGUACUGGCAGGCGACCUCAACAUUACCACGAGCGCCUACACAAUCGAAGCAGCGCUGAAGAAGAAGGCAAUCACACCACAAACAGCCAAGUAUCUUGUCGAUCUGGAGGAGAUGUUGACUGAGUCGGGACUGGAGGAUUCGUGGGUCGUAGCUCGACUUGACAAUCUCGACUCCACGGAGCUCGAAGAAAGCCGGCAACACCUCCAAGAGGCCUUCGAGGGUGAACAAGGGGCUACUUUCGACCCGACUGUAAACGAACUUGCCGCGAGGAUUGUUGGGAGUAGGUUCAACAACCGGCCACAGCGGUAUGAUAGGAUUUUGGUCAAGGCACCCGAUCUAUUCUUUGUGGGCGGCUUCAAUAUGUUUGGAUUCUCCCGUUGUGAAGAAGACGAAACUGCGCCAGAGAAUACUUAUGCCAGCGACCAUUGGGGGGUCAGGUGUUCGCUGAAGUGCACGGCUGGAACUUCGGAACUGGCAGAGGAAACGAGCAAGUUACUUGUUCCAGUGCACCUCAAAUCAGCUUCAGAAAGUCUCUCGGACAUGUCCAAUCUGAAGUCAUGUUUGGUUGAUUGCAAUGUCUUUCCUUCCAACGCCGAUAUUACGAAGGGGCAGCAAGCUCUCCAGAUACUGCAAGAUGCAAUCAUGGGGACUGACCGGGACAGAGCUGCUAGCCAAGCCCGGUCCAAGCUAUCCCUUGUCUUCGUACCAGUCGGUUCCUAUGGCCUUGGUGUAUGGACUUCCUCAUCUGACAUCGACUGUCUCUGCAUCGGCCCCGUCAGCUCCAAAACAUUUUUUUCUCUCGCCGUCCAACGACUCCGCAAGGCUGCUUCAAAGGGCGUCGGCAUCCGUGUCCUGCGCCGCGUCAACGCACAUUCGGGAAGCAUGCUUGAGCUCGAAAUUCAGGGUAUCAAGAUGGACCUGCAGUACUGUCCCUCAGCCUGGAUAGCCGAGACCUGGCCACAAGCCUUGCGAAUACCCGCCAACAACCCAGCAUGGAUCCUCCCGACCCAGAUUCUGUCGAAACUGAAGCCUACCCGCGACUUGCACUACCUGCGCCGCACUCUCCCUGACCUCGCAGCCUUUCGCAUUGUAUACCACCUGAUCAAGACGUGGGCCAAGCGUCGCGGCAUCUACGAAGCUCGGUUUGGGUACCUGGGCGGGAUCCACAUAUCGAUUAUGCUGUCUCGGGUCUGCAAGCUUCUCGCUCGCGACGCCAGGUCCGUUUCUGUGCCGGACAUCAUUUCGACGUUCUUCAACCAUUACGCCCAGUUCGACUGGAAAAAAGACAUGGUGUUCGAUCCUUUUUUCCAUAAGCGCCUUCGCUAUGUGAGGACGGCGAGGGAGCCCAUGAUUAUUCUCGGGAUUCACGCGCCAGGUUUGAAUGUGGCGCAUAGUGCCUCUUUGCCGUCUGUUAGGACUAUUAAUGAGGAAUUUCGACGAGCGGACAGGCUUCUGUCGGAUGAUGGGAUGACUUGGUCUCGAUUCCUUGGAGAUAUUGACAACUCGACUGCACAUAGGCUUGAAGAUGGAGCCUCCGACUUCUUGAAAGCCUACAAGAGCUACGUCAGGAUUGAUGUCCAAUUCUGGGGCACAUCCCUGGGAAAGGGAAGCCAAUUCGUCGGCUGGCUGGAGUCCAGGUGCGUCAUGCUGCUCGUCGAUCUCAACCGCCGACUUCCGAAAAUCCACGCCAGAAUCUGGCCUGUACGGUUCGUUGGCCAGGAAUCCUCCUCCUAUCAGGAAGAAAAGGAAUACCAAGGCUACUACCUCAUCGGCCUGGAUGAGUGGGAGACGGCCAAUGGCCAGGAAAUGACGAAGGACGACCUCAAACUCGCCCUCGGCUCGCUGCAGACCGUCUUGCAAAUUUUCGAGGGCCAGAUCCGGGGAGAUGAAAAAUACUUCGAUUCUAAAACGUCAUGGAUGAGCGCAUCAGUGGUCAAGCAAUCCGAGCUGGGUAGCCUACGACUUGACGGUCGGGAAUGGGGUGAAUACACUAUCGGCCAAGACGAGUCUGAAAGCGAUGAUGAUUCAGAUGAAGACCAUACCACUCGGGACGACGACAGUGAAGCAGAAACUUCAACGACCAAGAAUUCCAAGAAGGUCCCUAAGAAUGCAGUCAUCAGUCCGGUCUACGAAGGCAAGCUCCGAACGUCGGCAGAUGUGAUGAAUCGCCUGCGCUGGGAUCCCAGCUUGAAUAGUAGUGAUUACCUCGUAGGGUAUCUGGACCGGUUUUUGGGCGUGAAGGAGAGAUCGUUGGAUUCGUGGAAGACUGAGCAGUCGGACGAGGAGUUCAUCCCACAGCAUCGAAUACUCUAUUUCAAGCAACGUAGUGAUGGCGUGGUUGUUUGGGAUAGGAAGGCGAGGAGGGACGAUAUCUUUGGGAGUGGCGUGAAGGAUUGAAUGCAGGUUUAGUCGGUCCACCCAAUGUUCAUUAGUUACCUGUAGGGCGUUACGGG